AUGGAAGACCCCCUGGAUCACCUUGAUGAGUUUGAUCGUCUCUGCAGUCUCACCAAGAUCAAUGGGGUCAGUGAGGACGGUUUCAAGCUACGUCUCUUUCCAUUCUCUUUGGGUGACAAAGCUCAUCAAUGGGAGAAAACUCUUCCUCCAGGAUCUAUCACUUCCUGGGAUCAAUGCAAGCAGUCGUUUCUUGCCAAGUUUUUCUCCAACUCUAGAACUGCACGUCUGCGCAAUGAGAUCUCUGGGUUCACUCAGAAGAAUGGUGAAACGCUUUGUGAAGCCUGGGAACGCUUCAAAAGUUAUCAGUCUCAGUGUCCCCACCAUGGUUUCACCAAGGAGUCUCUCCUCAGUACUCUUUACCGGGGUGUUCUCCCAAAGAUCCGGAUGUUGCUUGACACUGCCAGCAAUGGCAACUUUCUGAACAAGGACGUUGACGAAGGUUGGGAGCUUGUUGAAAACCUAUCCCAAUCUGAUGGCAACUACAAUGACGAUUAUGAUAGAACCAUCAGGGCAAGCACAGAUCUUGAUGAGAAGUACAAGAAGGAGAUGAAGGUUGUGAAUGACAAGUUGGACAAGCUAUUGAUGAGCCAGCAGAGGAACAUCCAUUACGUCUCUGAAGACGACCCUUUCCAGACUCUGAAUGGGGAGGGAGAACAAUCUGAGGAGAUAAGCUAUGUCCAGAACCAAGGUGGAUACAAUAAGGGAUACAAUCCUUAUAAGCAGAAUCCAAAUCUGUCCUAUCGGAGCACCAAUGUUGCAAACCCCCAGGAUCAGCAAGGUUACCAACCUCCAGCAGGACCACCACCAGGAUUCCAACCUCAACAUGCUCCGCCUCCUCAGGCACCAGAUCAAGACAUGAAAAACAUGCUUCAGCAACUCCUACAGGGACAAGCAAGUGGCUCCAUGGACAAUGCUAAGAAGUUUGCUGAGCUGACUCAGAGAUUGGACUGCUCAUACAAUGAUCUGAACAUGAAGAUUGAGACUCUGAAUUCCAAGAUCAAGUAUAUGGAGGGUAAAACUGCUUCUACUUCUGCCCCAAAGCCGGGUCAACUCCCAGGAAAAGCUGUUCAGAAUCCUAAGGAGUUUGCUCAUGCCAUCACGCUGAGGAGCGGUAAAAACUUGCCUCCCAGACAAGGACCUGUUGUAGUCACUGAGGACAGUGAAGACUUGGAAGGGGAGGAUGUAUGUCAGAAUGAAGAUCCGGUUGUUCCUUUGGAAGAAUCAGGAGUCGUACCUGAAGAAGUUCCUCAACCUGCUGAGAAACAUGCUGAAACACCUGCAGCAUCCAAGGAUAAGCCUGCGCGAUACGUUCCCCCACCAUACAAACCACCUCUACCAUUUCCAGGACGAUUCAAAAAGCAGCAAGCUGAGAAGUAUAAGGCUUUAUUUGAAAAGCAAUUGAGAGAGAUUGAGUUGAGAAUGCCAUUGCUGGAUGCAUUCGCACUUGUCCCUCCUUAUCAGAAGUUCCUCAAAGAUUUGUGCCAUUAUCCAGAAGAAGAUCACUCCCUUGAAGCUUAA